UGAAUAUAACAGAAAGAAAAAAAAAAACAGCUGCAAAUAAAAAAGGAAAAAAAGUAAUAUAUUCCCCAACCAAUUUCAUCUACUUGUUUCGCGUAAAGAGUCAGAAGCUUUUUCGAUUUUCGAUUUUCUGAUCAGAUUAGACUCAGAUUUCUUCGAUUGUUUGGAUUUUGAUGGCUUCGAAACGAAUAUUGAAGGAGCUGAAGGAUCUCCAGAAAGAUCCUCCUACUUCAUGCAGCGCUGGCCCUGUUGGAGAGGACAUGUUUCACUGGCAGGCUACGAUAAUGGGGCCCUCUGAUAGCCCUUAUGCUGGGGGUGUAUUUUUGGUCACUAUCCAUUUUCCUCCGGAUUAUCCAUUCAAACCUCCUAAGGUUGCUUUUAGGACAAAAGUUUUCCAUCCAAAUAUCAAUAGUAAUGGGAGUAUAUGCUUGGACAUACUGAAGGAGCAGUGGAGUCCUGCCUUAACUAUUUCCAAGGUUUUGCUUUCAAUCUGUUCACUUUUGACUGACCCAAACCCUGACGACCCGCUGGUUCCUGAGAUUGCUCACAUGUACAAGACAGACAAGUCUAAAUACGAAGGAACCGCCAGGAGUUGGACCCAGAAGUAUGCCAUGGGUUAAAACAAUUUACCCUAUGAUGGCUUGAAUUGAUAUAAACAAAAACAAAUUUCAAAUGUUUUAUCUUCUCUAUUCUCCAUUAACAAUGUGUAGAAUAGCAUUAUGCGUUGCUCCUCUACAGGAAGAACGAUGAUGCGUUGAAUUUCUUUAUGUAUGAAUGCUAAUAUUUGAAUUUUGAACUUGUGUGGGAAGCGUAUUUAUCUGGUUUUUGAUUGUU